CUCCCUCUCUCUAAAGCUUCACUGUGCCAAAAACACAUCUGUUGAGAGAGAAAAAUGAAUGCUAUCAGUUUUCAAGCAUAAACUGGCUGUCCAAAUCACAAUUUCCCCUCCAUCACUCCAAAUUCUCAUUUCCCCAGAUCACUGAAACUUGUCAUAUUGCUCGACCUUAAGUAGGCGGAGUAUCAAGAGUCGUUCCCGAACACAUCAUGGGAAACAAUGAAGAAGGAAAGUGUACCAAGUUGGAGAAAUCACCUCCACCUGCAGUGCCAGCAGUGGAUCAGAAUAACAUGCAGAUGUAUCCUGACUGGGCAGCAAUGCAGGCUUACUAUGGUCCCCGAUUUGCUGUUCCACCAUAUAUGAAUUCGGCUGUUGCUUCUCCGCAUGCACCGCCCCCCUAUAUGUGGGGUCCACCACAGUCAAUGAUUCCUCCUUAUGGAGCUCCGUAUGCUGCCUUCUAUGCUCACGGAGGAGUUUACGCACACCCGGGAGUUCCUAUGACUGGUACUGCUGCGAGCGGGGAAACACCAGCCAAGUCAUCAGGGAACACAGAUGGAGGCUUUGUGAAGAAGUUGAAAGAAUUUGAUGGGCUUGCAAUAUCUAUAGGCAAUGGAAAUGGUGAUGGUACUGAAAAUGAAACUGACCGAAGACAGUCAACAGACAGCGACGAGACUGAUGGUUCCAGCGAUGGAAGUAAUGGAGUUGCUCCAGGGGCUAAUCAGAAUGGCAAGAAGAGAAAUGGAGAAGGAUCUCCUGAGAGAGAAGAUGGAAAAGCUCCUAAAAAAGGCAGUUUAACUCCUGUUGAAGUUGGCCAAGCUGCUGAGAAGACGAUGGACGUGAUUCCUCCUGCUAAUAAGCCAGUGAAAACUAUGGACAACAUGAACGUUGCGUUGGAAGUGAAGGAACCUUCCCUGAGUGCAAUUUCCAGCCCGACUAGUGUUCCACUCCACUCUAUUCCUAAUGAAAGCUGGAUGCAGAAUGAACGAGAACUGAAAAGAGAGAGGAGGAAACAGUCAAACCGGGAAUCAGCAAGACGAUCACGACUGAGGAAACAGGCUGAGACUGAAGAACUAGCUGUCAAAGUUCAAGCACUAACUUCUGAGAACAUGAGCCUCAAAUCUGAAAUAAAUGCACUAAUGGAAAGCUCUGGAAAACUAAAGCUUGAAAACGCUGCACUAAUGGAGAAACUGAAAGAGGCUCAAUUAGGACACAGAGAAGAGGUAAAUAUGCACAAGAUUGAUGAUCAGAGGAGGCUGAAACCUGUAGGCACAGCAAACUUACUUGCCAGAGUCAACAACUCGGAUUCAUCCGACGUUAGAAACGAGGACAGUAGCGACUCGUACGACAACAGUAGUCGUCCUGGAGCUAAACUCCAUCAGCUUCUUGACAGUAGUCCUAGGACUGACGCUGUUGCUGCCGGUUGACACUCCCAACUGAGCUUUCAUCCCUCCUUGACUUUAUUUGAUCCGGCAACUUUUCGCAUAAAUACGUCGAGAGUUACCUCUAACAACAGUAAUAGAGUGUGGUAAGUAAUGGUCAAGUCUAAUUUCAUUGCAACUGAUUAUCUCAGCAAAGCUGGAAUGUGUUUUAAAUGUUCAGAUUGCUGAGAUAGUACUACAUAAUAUUAGUCGAUGCGCUUUUGCUUCGCAAAGUCAUCGAAAUUCUAGAAGGAAAACAAAGUGUAUUUGAAAAGGGUGUGUAGCAUGUACUGUGAGUUUUCAAACUUUAGAUGAGGUUCAGAUAGUUAAUAGUGGAUAAUGGAUUUGGUUUUUCAGAGAUGAUUGUGAUAAUUUGAGGUUCUUCGACUGAGUCAAGGAGACGAUGUAUAUUGUUGUUGCCAAGAAAUACAACAUAUAUUUAACUA